AUGCGUAAGUUCAGCCUUGAGCUUCUGCUGAGCACAAUUCAGCGGUUCCGCGUCACACAUCUCCUCCUAGCCCCGCCGGUAGUUGUGAUGCUAUUGAAAAGCAAUCUCCUACCCCGUUACGACGUGUCCAGCGUGAGGUCCAUGUUUUGUGGAGCAGCCCCCCUCCAACCGGAGCUAUCCAAAAGAUUGGAAGAGGUGUUCAGCGGGGGCAAAGCUCGCAGUCGACAGGGAUGGGGAAUGAGCGAAGCCACGAUGGCAGUCACUUUGUUUGCCCCUGACGAGUUCGACCCAUUGCACAAAGGCGUUGGGUAUAUCCUCCCCAACAUGCAGAUGAAGAUCGUCGAUGACGAUGGCCGCGAAGUUGCCUGCAAUGAAGAGGGAGAAGCGCUCAUUCGGGGGCCAAAUGUCUUCAAGGGCUAUUACAAGAACCCGAGCGCAUCUGAAGAAGCAUGGACCAAAGAUGGCUGGCUGAAAACUGGAGAUAUCGUGUCCAUUCAGGAGACUGGACUCUUGACUAUUGUGGACCGCAAAAAGGAACUCAUCAAGGUGAAAGGCUUUCAAGUAGCCCCAGCCGAACUUGAGGGGCAUCUCCUUGAGCAUGAAGGAGUCAAGGACUGCGCGGUUAUUCGCGUUACAAGAGAGGGGCAAGAACAUCCACAGGCUCACGUUGUCCCCAAAGACAGCAACGUCACCGCCGAAUCGAUUCUUGAAUUCAUGGAGAGCCGACUUUCGGCACACAAGAGGCUUACUGGUGGAAUUGUUUUUACUGAGGCAAUUCCCAAAUCCGCAUCUGGCAAAAUUCUGCGUCGCUUACUUCAGGACCCUGCGACGGCUAAGCUAGCGCGCCUUUAG